UGUUGCGCAAGUAGUGAAAUAAUGCAUGGAGUUUGGAUUUUGUAAAACAGAUUUGUGUUUCCAAGGGGAACAAAGUUUCGCAUCAUUGUCUUCAAUGACCAGAAUCACAGUUUCAAACCUUGAUGGAUUUCUCAAAAACCUCACAAAAACCUUUCAUUCCCUUCAUCAACAUUCAAACAAACCCAUCACUCCAUUUCGCAGCAACACCACCAAGAAACCCAUGAAAUCCAAGAAAAAUGGUUCCCAUUCUCCUCCUAUUACCAAAGAAUACAUGAGGGACGUAAUUGGGAAUAUUUACAGAACCCUAAAGUAUUCAUCUUGGGAUUCCGCUGAGCGAGAGCUUGAAAAUCUCCCUUUGAAAUGGGACUCAUACACUGUGAAUCAGGUUCUGAAAUCACACCCUCCAAUGGAAAAAUCAUGGCUGUUCUUCAAUUGGGCCUCUCGUCUCAAAGGGUUCAAGCACGACCAAUACACUUCCACAACCAUGCUUGAUAUUUUCGGUGAAGCAGGGAGGAUUUCGUCCAUGAAACAGGUUUUUCAUCACAUGCAAGAGAAAGGGAUUAAGAUUGAUUCUGUUACUUACACUUCAAUGAUGCAUUGGCUUUCCAGUUCUGGGAAUGUGGAUGAGGCAAUUGCCUUGUGGGAUGAAAUGAAAUCAAAGGGAUGUUACCCAACUGUUGUUUCUUACACUGCUUUUAUCAAGAUUCUGUUUCAUAAUCAUAGAGUUAAGGAAGCUACUGGUGUUUACAAGGAGAUGAUUCAAUCUGGUUGUGUUCCAAAUUGCUUCACUUAUACAGUUCUUAUGGAUCAUCUCAUUGGCUCUGGAAAGUGCAAAGAAGCUCUUGAGAUUUUUGAAAGGAUGCAAGAGGCUGGAGUUGAACCUGAUAAAGCUGCGUGUAAUAUUCUGAUUGAAAAGUGUUCUAAAGUUGGUGGGACUGAGUUCAUGACCCAUAUACUUCGGUAUAUGAAAGAAAAUCAUUUUGUUCUUCGUUACCAUAUUUUUGUGGAAGCAAUGGAAGCUUUUAAAAUUGCUGGUGAAAGUGAUACCCUUCUAAGGCAAGUCAAUCCACACUUUUAUUUGGAUUGUAGCUUUAGGAAGAAGGCAAAUGACAGUAACACAGUCAUUGAUGAUUCCUCUGCUAAUAUUGAUAAAGAGCUUUUAUUUGCUCUCUUGAAAAAUAGAAAGGUUGUUGCUAUUGACCACUUACUUCAAGGGAUGAUGGAUAAGAAAAUAGCUGUAGAAAAUAAGGUUAUCUCAACCGUUAUAGAGGUAAAUUGUAAUUGUUCUCGGCCUGAUGGUGCUUUGUUGGCUUUUAAGUACAGUAUAACAUUGGGAAUAAGUCUUGAUAGAACAGGAUAUAUUUCCUUAGUGGGAUUGUUAAACAGAUCAAAUAUGUUUCCAAAACUGGUGGAAAUUGUUGGGGAAAUGACUAAAGCUGGGCAUUCUCUUGGAAUCUAUUUGGCGUCGCUUUUAAUUUAUAGGCUUGGUUGUGCUAGGCAGCCAUCUAUUGCCUCGAAGAUUUUCAAUUUAUUACCUGAUAAUCAUAAGUGCAUUGCUUCGUACACUGCUUUAAUUAGUGUUUACUUAUCUGCUAAAAGAGUUACUAAGGCACUUGAAAUAUACAAAAACAUGUGUCGAAAAGGAAUUUGUCCUACGUUAGGCACUUAUAAUAUAUUAGUAGCUGGUUUGGAAAAAAAUGGCAGAUAUUCUGAAGCAGAACUUCAUAGGAAAGCAAAGAAGAGCCUACAUUCUAAUAUUGGUUCUCGAGAAAAUCUUUCCACAGAGGGAAAGAUAUGUAACCUUCUAUUUGCUGGGGAUGUAAUACUUUGAAUUUGAUGCACUAAGAUUCUCAUUGUUGAUUCAAGCCGAGGGCAUGUUAAGUAGUUGCUAUUGGAGAAUGAAAAUAUGCAAUUUAUGCCGUAAGGCGCUUGCUUCUUUUUUGUCAAGAAGUCGCGCAUGGUUUGAUCCAAGAUCAAGUUCAUGAGAUAUUCCAACACAGUCUAACUGUUCAUGUCUGUCUGCAUUUGCAACAUCUUGCAGGGAAUGCUUUGGAAUAGGUUAACUCGAGAACCAAUAUUGGCUGAUAUUCCGAAGCAGAACUUCAUGUUGAUUAGAUGCCAACACGGUCUAACUGUACAUGUUCUUCAGGACAGCCAUAUGUUACAUAAAACAAAAACUCUGUAAAGGAUGUUCCUAUGCUGCUGCUCAUAACUUUGAUGUCCCAUCCAGAGACAUGAUAUGUGCUUGCUAAAAUGUGGGGCACUGCUCUACACACAUAGUACUGAAAAGUCCCCAACAUAAGCAUGGGUACUUCCGAAGUAUGUCUUCUCCAUCAUGGGCAUCCAUGAAAUUUUUUGGAGACCAGUCUAAUUCAAUGGUAAUUUUUCUUUCA